GUGCCUCGACCCCGUCAACCCCUCGACUGUUGUUGGUAAUCACAGCAGUCUCGGCAACCCGACAACGCUGCAGCAGCCCAGCAGAGCCCGCAGUGACCGACCGCUGACCCUGCCGCGUAACCGACAUCGCACCAGGCCGAGUCGGCAUCACACCGACAGGUACCAUCCACAGUCGUCCCCCACUCCACGCCGCCGCCUAUAUUAUCACAGUCGAUGAGGCUGCCAUCUCGACGUCUGCCCUCCCAAACUGAACAAACACUACACCUAGAUCUAACCAUGCCGUCCGAUAGCCCCGAGUCGUUCGAUCUGUUCUGCUACGGCACCCUCCUUGUCCCCGCCAUCCUUGCGCGUGUGCUCGGUCGCGAUGCAAGCGAUCUCAAGUUCCAGGACGCCGUGCUGGAUGGAUACACCCGGCACCAUGUCAAGGGCGAAGACUACCCCACUAUUAUUGACGAGCAGGGCCUGAAGAAGCUGCUCGGCGCCGAUGCAAAUGAGCUCAGUGCCGAUGACCGCUGGACCCGCGGCACCGUCGUGUCGGGCUUGACGCGCAAGGACAUUGAGCUCCUCGACGUGUUCGAGGGAUCGGAAUACAAGCGCGUCCAGGUCCUUCUCCACACCCUCACCAACCCCCGCACGCUCGCCGACCUCCCGCCAGUGCUCGCACGUCCCGAGCAGCGAGCCUCUGCACGGUCCUCGGAUGCGUCCUCGUGGGGUAAGGCCUCGGCUUGGGUCUAUGUCUGGAACGCUCCUCUCGAGCGUGUUGAACCUGCUAUCUGGAAUAUCGAGGCCUUCCUCCGCGACAAGGCUCAUGUGUGGACGACCCUCGGCGACGAGUAUGCCGAUGUCGACGCGGCGCGCUCGCAGAUCGCAGCUGGCGGCGCUGUUGCUGGCGGUGCCGCGGUCGCGGGUGGCGCGUUCUCCGCUGCCGACGCCGAGGGAAUCGUGGGCAAGACGAUGCCUGGGUUCCCCGACUUUGGACACAGUAUCCUCAAGGAGUGGUCAUUCAGGCCCGGAUAUGUCAACUUGAACCACGGUUCGUACGGCUCCACGCCCAACGAUGUCCGCGACGCGCGCAAGAAGCUGUGCGACUACAUUGAGAGCAGCCCCGACAUCUUUAUCCGUCUCGAAGUCGAGGACAGGAUCGCCAAGUCGCGCGCGGCCGUCGCUCCCAUCAUCAACGCCGACGUCGACGACGUGGUGUUGGUGCCGAAUGCCACCCACGGUGUCAAUACCGUCAUCUCCAACACUGACUGGGUUGAAGGCGACAUUCUCGUCGUGUAUGCCACGACGUACGAUGCCGUCUCUCAGACCGCCAAGUACACGUGUGACCGGAACCCUCAGCUCCGCCUCGAGGUCAUCGAGCUCACCUUCCCCACGACACAUGCCGAGAUCGUUGCAAAGACUGAGGCUGUGUUCAAGAAGUACAACCAGAAGGCCAAGGCCCCGCGUGGCGACUCUGUUCCGAAGCCUGUGGCCGUCGACGGCAAGGAACGUGUGCGCAUGGUCGUAAUUGACAGCAUUGCCUCCAACCCUGGUGUCGUCUACCCCUGGGAACAGGUCGUCUCGCUCGCACGUGAGUAUGAUGUCCUGUCGCUUGUCGACGCCGCGCACUCGAUCGGCCAGCACCAUGUCGACCUCAAGAAAGCCGACCCCGACUUCUGGGUGUCCAACUGCCACAAGUGGCUCAUGAGCCAACGCUCCACGGCCAUCCUCUACGUCCCGAAGCGCAACCAGCGCCUCAUCCGCUCGUCUUACCCCACCGGACACUACUACGAGUCGGAGCGGUAUCCUACCACCACGGGUCAUGUUCACCCGUGGAACUUUGUCAACCAGUUCGCGUGGAACGGAACGCUCGAUUUCUCUCCGGUCGUCACAGUGGCCGAUACGGUGGCGUUCCGCAAGAAGAUUGGCGGCGAAGACCGUAUCAUUGCGCACAACCACUCGCUUGCCGUUGCUGGCGGCAAGCGCCUCGCGAAGCGCUGGGGCACGACCUUUAUGGAGAACGACGCGGGCGAACUGACCGCCGCGAUGGUCAACAUCGAGCUGCCCAAUCUCCCUCCCGCUGUGCCGGGUGAGGACGGGCGCCUGAAGACGAUCGUGUGGGAGGAGUUCCAGAACCACAACUGCUGGGCGGCGCUCUACGUCCACGACGGCAAGUACUGGACGCGCCUGAGCGCGCAGGUGUGGAACGAGCUGAGCGACUUUGACCGUGUCGCCGAGGCGUAUGAGGCUGCCGCUGUGCGCGUACAGCGAGGCGAGCUGAAGCAGUAGGUAGAUCUAGAGUAUACACAUAUGCCUUCCCUUCCUA